AUGUGCGCGCCCGGCUUCCUGGGCGCUCCAGGUUUCCCGGGAGCCCCAGGUUUCCUAGGAGCCCCAGGUUUCCCUGGAGCCCCCGGUUUCCCCGGAGCGCCAGGUUUCCCAGGAGCGGCGGGCCUGCUGGGAGCCCACGGCGCGCUGGCAGCCGCCGGCCGCGGCUACGCGGCGCACGCCCCCGCCAACAUCGUGGUGGGGGCGGGCGGCUACGUGCUCGACUCCCCCGACGUCGCCGUCGCCAAGAGCGCCCACCUCGCAGCCGUGGCAGCCACCCGAGCGCGCGACGCCGCCGUCAACGCCGCCGACGCCGCCGCCGCCGCCCACGCCGGCGCCGCACCCGGACUCGCCGCUGGGUUUCCCGCUCCCGGUUUCCCAGCUCCAGGAUUUCCAGCUCCAGGCUUUCCAGCUCCCGGCUUCCCCGCUCCCGGACUGGGAUUCGGGCCCGGUCCUCUGGGAGCUUACGCCCCAGGGCACGGCCACGCCAACAUCGUCAUAGGACCGGGCGGAGUGCCGCUGGACACUCCAGAGGUGGCUGCUGGAAAAGUAGCCAACGCCGUCGCCCACCUGCAGGCCAAGGCGCGGACUGGCCACCUGGGGUGA